AUUGUUAGUUUCGAUCUUAAUGAUAUGCUUAUUCAAUGAGUGUUAUUGCAGUUAGCGUAGCUUAUGUGACCUAUGGAGUUUCUCACACAAUUUUGGAGCCUCAAAGAAAAUGCCGGGUAUGGACUGAGGUGUGAUAUGAAUAAAACCCGUUCAGUGUUGGCGUCAUUCCAAAACCAUGUGUCCUAAAGUUGGCAGUGUGGAGAACAAGUGGUGUGAAAGAUGUUCUGUUUUUCAUUGAUUAACCGGGAGCCGCUCGCCCACUGGAAAUGCAAUAUCCGCUCCUCACGUUUUGAUGUUUUCCUGGUGGAAUUUGAGGAGCCCCUGAUUUCAAAGAACUUGUUUGACUAGGAGUAAUGAAGCGCGAGGUUGCGGCUGGGUUGAAAACAGUCUUUGUUUCCAUUUACACUUCCUAAUUAGCCGGUAGCUUUGAGUUGAGCAGCGAAAACAGAGAAGCUCCAAGUGGGGAGAAUGUGGAAAAGAGACUUGGAUUGUUUUAAGCCCGUUAAAAAUUUUAUUAAAGAAUCCUCGGUUGUCAUCGGAAGUUUUGGAAUUUUUAUCCAAUAAGUUGUCGUUUGGUAAAAGUUAUUAUUUGGAUCGCUUCCCAAUAAAAAGGACCCCAAGGAUAAAUAUUGCGCAUUUAUUCGAAAGUGGCAACAAAAAGGGAUAUUGGUGUGAACACGACUGGCUGGAAUGUUUUGCCAAGUGAGGAAAUAAAAGAUUUGGAAGGCACUUGGGUUGUUCUGUUGGCAUUUGCAACUGGUCUGGUGCUGUUGAGCGCCGUGUGCUUUCUUUUCUUCCUUUCCUGCCUCCCCUGCUGCUGCUGCCAAGGAGGAAUGAAUAAGAAGCCAGCCAGCUAAUUCCCUAAAUGUCCACGCCAGUAUUGAUAUGUUGCAGUUUAUUUUCACAAACCGUCUCUUAGAUCCCACUUUACCAUUAAGGGCUAAUAUUAACACGUGACUCUCCUCAGACUGGGUCCUUGUUUCUUUCUUUUAUUUUAUUUUCUUUUCUUCUCUUUACUUUCUUUUGCCUUCUUUCUUCCUUCUCUCCUCUCCUCUCCCCCUCUCCUCUCUUAUCCUCCGACUGUCCUUUCCUUUUAUCUGUCUCAACCACUGCCGCCGUCUCUUUCUUCUUGUGAAAACAACAACUAAAUAGUAACGACGCGGCUCUAACUUAUGAGUUGAAAUUUCAGUUGUGUAUAUAAAUGAAUGGGCUCUCUUGUUCACCUCUGCUCUCCUUCUCCCGCAGUCGCUGAUGUGUGCCGCUGCUUUCUUUCAUCCCCAAUUGGCCUUGUCAGGGAUAAAAAGUUGCGCCUUUUGAUGUUUGCAGCCCAAUAAAAUUUACUCUCGCCCCGUUAUGCCGUCGGAGCAGACGACUGGAAAGAAGAAGCGAGUGCCUUUUUUAUAGCAGCCUCCUUCACACGUCAAAGGGAAGUCUCCACAAAGGCUUGCAGAGCUUCGAAUCUCAUCUCCCAGCCCCCAAUUGUAAAUAAUACGGCAGCUAUACGGAGUCAACUCAACUGUUGCACGAUGCGCAUGCCAACUAUCAUCUCUAUCUUUUUUAUAUUUUGGUCGCUCAAGUUGCUGGCUGAUUGACUAUCAACAGUCGCCACUGCCAUCAUCGAUCGUUGUUCAAGAGGAAAGAAAAUAAAGAGGAAGCGGACAAGAAGCUUCAAUAAUGGACACCUGUUCCGAGAGAAGUUUCCGCAGUCAGAGGAGCAGUGCAUCUUACACGGGCACUGUGAACUCACAGAGACCAUUGUUGUCGGCUGCACAGGCACACGCCAGUCGUGACUUGAGUCAGUCCUAUUACAGCGACGACGAGCCACAAAGACGCAGCUUCCAUCGUCACAGGUUCCACCACAGACAACACCAGCAGCACCACCAGCAGCACACGCCUACCACACAAAGCCCACCUUCUCCGCUCCUGCCCCUCCCCCCGCCAGCUGCCCCAUCACAAGGGGGCGGUGCUGGCAGGGACAUGACGCGAGGGUACAUCGAGAUGUCUUCGCAGCACCACUUCACAGCCCGCCCUCACAAUCGAGCAGCAGCCAACGGCCCAAGUUCUCGACACAGAUUUGACAAGAAGAAGCUGACGUCAAUGAUGGCCAACAACAAAGCCCACAUGGCGAACGGGGGAGUUCAGUACACCAUGUACAAGAGCGACAGUGAAUUCACAGACCAAUCGGAUAGCAGUGCGAUGCAGUCGCCGCCGCUGCCUCCUCUAAACCAACACCACCCCGUGCUCUCCUUGCGCCACAGAAAUGUGCCCCCGUCUUCUACAAACAAUUGCAGCCAACAACAUACGCAGAAAGCUCUGAACAAUAACAAUAACAACAAUAACUUACACAUGCCCAAUGCCAAUUUGAUGAGUGUAAAUAACAACAAUGCAAACAGGUUAAACGGAGGCCAACAACUUCUCCCACUGAGCUUUCCUCCUCAACAUCAGCAGCUGAUGAGUGCCAACCACUGUAGCAAUAAUAACAAAUAA